UGUUUAUACAUUUCUCACAUACCUUUGGAAAACAAAAAUAAAUUUUUAAAUUAAUAUGUAUCACUAAGCUAUGGGGGCUGGCAAAAGUAGGACCGCACUGACUAGCACUUUAAAACACUGCACACUAUGGAAAUCAGACCGAAGCCCUGCUUGCAGAGCCGUUAUGAUGGCACUUGACGCUAUGAAUUUGAACAUCACCGAAGUCGACGUUAAUAUGGAUAAAGGCGAGCACAGGAAUCCAGAAAUGAUUAUAAUGAAUCCUUUGCAAACAUUACCUAUAUUCAAGGACAGAGAACUUGUUAUUUGCGAUAGUCAUGCAAUAAACACGUAUCUUGCGUCGCGGUAUAGGGGUUCAGCGCAGCUCUUGCCCAGGGACGCUGGGGGAAGAGCUCUUGUGGAGCAAUUGCUGCAUUAUGACAGUGGUAUCUUGUAUCCGAAGUACAGAGCUGCAUCAUAUCCAGUUUUGUACGAGAAAUGUAAUUGUGUGAUGCCCGACCACGCAUGCGAAAUUGAAUGCGCCUAUCGUGAAUUGGAGAACAUGCUAGUAGGCCGCCAGUGGUUCGGCGGCAGUUGGGUCACUCUCAGUGACAUAUCCAUAGCAGCAACUAUUAGCACAUUGAAUAUCUUGGUGCCGAUUGACAAGUCAAACUAUCCUCGUUUGUCAGGCUGGCUUCAUCGUAUGUCCGAAGAAGUAUUCUUCAUGACAGCCAACAAGAAGGGCCUUGGAGAAUUCGCGAGAAGAAUAGAUUCGAGCAGUGUGUUUGACGAUGUGUUCAAAUGUCCUCGAAGUUCGGAGGGAAGGCGUGCCAGAACAGGAACCCCUGAAAGCGAAUUACAGUGA